AUCCCGCUAGUGAUCCCCAUCCUGAUGCUGAUGCUGAGUGUUUACCUCUUCGUGGCACCGCUGGUCAUCAGCCCGGACCUACGUUAUGUCUAUGUGACUGCUGGAGUCGUGGCCGUGUCGGCAACCAUCUACAUCCGGUUCGUCCACUUCCGAUG